AUGGUCACCAACCAUUCGCAGCCGUGGGAAUCGUGGCACACACCCUUUGACGGUGUGGAGAGACGUAUCCUCUCCGCCUCGGAUGCAGCCGACAAAGGCGCCAUACACGGCUUGGCAUUGUCUGCGCGAGGAUUGCGGGAAACUGACACCUAUGAUGACCAUCUCUCCGGUCCUAUAUGGACAAACACGUGGCACCCUUGCUCUAAUUGCAAGGAGUUAACUGAGAAUACGGGAGGUUCGGUUGCAAAUUUCAACAAGUACAACGGUCGCCAGGGUGCUCCUGGUUACCACUACCCAAACUAG